AUGGAAGCGGACGGUUUCGUGUCCCGGCGAACGUCCGUGGACACAGUGGGCGUUGAAAGCCGAUGGCUGGGCGGCAGGCUGAUGGAAGCCACGGGGGGAUUUGUCGGGUCUCUGUCACCGAGGAUGUCAGGGGAACAGGACUUUGCCCCGAUGUUGCAUCGAGCCCCUCCAGAGACCUCGACCUCUGCGGAGCCAGAAAUAGACUAUGAAGGACUGCCUCAAGGAGUAGCCACCAGCACACACAUGCUGGCAGGAUCCGUGGCUGGAAUCAUGGAGCACUGCCUUAUGUACCCCAUCGACUGUGUCAAGACUCGUAUGCAGAGCCUGCACCCCGAGCCAGGAGCGCGCUACAGGAACGUGAUGGACGCCCUGCGACAGAUCGUGCGGACCGAGGGCCUGUGGCGGCCAAUCAGAGGCGUGAAUGUGCUGGCGGUGGGGGCGGGGCCUGCCCACGCUCUCUACUUCGCCUGCUACGAGAAGAUCAAGUUCUCGCUGAGUGACGCCAUUCAUCCGGGCACCAACAGCCACUUUGCUAACGGCGUGGCGGGCUGCAUGGCCACGGUGCUGCACGACGCCAUCAUGAACCCGGCAGAAGUUGUGAAACAGCGAAUGCAGAUGUUCAACUCUCCUUACCGCGGCGUGCUGGACUGCAUGGGCUCCAUGUUGAGGCAGGAAGGCACGGCGGCUUUCUACCGCAGCUACACCACCCAGCUGACCAUGAACGUGCCCUUCCAGGCGCUCCACUUCAUGACAUACGAGUACCUCCAGGAGCUCCUCAACCCCCACAGACAGUACAACCCCUCCUCCCACGUUGUGUCAGGUGCUCUGGCCGGAGCCCUGGCCGCCGCCGCCACCACUCCCCUCGACGUCUGCAAGACCCUCCUGAACACGCAGGAGGCUCAGGCCAUACACGUGAUCCAGGCCGAAGCAACGGCAGCAGCCGGAGCGGUUGGAGCGGCUGCCGCGAGCAGCCGCCACAUCUCUGGCCUUGGCGAGGCUUUUCGGACUGUGUACAGGAUGGGAGGCAUGCCGGCCUUCUUUAAAGGCGUCCAAGCCCGGGUCAUCUACCAGAUGCCCUCCACAGCCAUCAGCUGGUCUGUCUACGAGUUCUUCAAAUACAUCAUCACCAAGCGGCAGCACGAGAGACGGCUGCGUGGAGACCGUGACGGAGACAAAUAAACACCCGGCAGCAGGAUGGUGCAUCGGCAACACGAAGGUUUAAUGCACCGUACCGAUCUCCGUCGUCGGUAUCGAAUUCUAAACAUCUGAAGGGUUGAACGGCUCGAGAGUCUUAGAUUCUUCGAGCCACAUGUCAACUUUUAUUUUGUUUACUGAGAUGUAUUGAGCGUAUGCGGUCUGAUCUAGUUCAUAGCAGGUGAGAAAGCGUACAACUGUUAGGAGACGACUUGUCCUUAAAACUGUCGUAAUACAUUGUUACUGACGGAAAAAUGGACUUUGAAGUUGCAGACAGGAAGUUGUAGUUCCCUAAACUCGCCCCACUAAAUUCAGAUGCUUUAACUAUUUCUCAUGUUGGUGUUUAACUUGACAAACUCUUGUACUGGCUUUCAAAAAGCUCAUUAUUUAUGGAGAGGUAACGCACAGUCAAAGUAAAGUUGAAUUUAAAAAUGAAAAACCUUGCUUCCCUUCAGACGCCUACAGCGCAGUUUCAUUUUGACCCAGAACUAAAAAAAGCAGCUGUGACUCUGAGGUUGAAGUGCCGACUGGGAGCUUUAAGUCGCAGCUCAACUGUAGCAUCUUCUACACUGAUGAGAAAGCUCUUAGUCAGCACUUCGACCUCCACACAUACAGACCAGUGUGUCUGAGAAAACGUAAUUCUCUCAAGUACUUAAAAAGUGCUCUGUAAACCGGGUCCACAGCUCUCGACCGCACAUGUUGCACUUCUUGAAAGUAUUACUACCGUUUUACCUUUGACCACAGGGGGGCGCCGAGGAAACACAGCUGGAGGUGACAGGCUGAGUGAGUUAGUUAGAAUACCUGUGAUGGUGUACAGAAAACACUGCAGUCAGAGGAAAGAUCAUUAAAAAACAAAACAAACAGUUGGUUUUAAAUGACACAGCCUGUAAUUUAUUCAGUCUUUUAGAGGAUCAGAUUUGGGUUUGGAUGGAAAAUACUGAAAUAUUCAACCCUUGAGUGAAGCAGGUGUAUGACUGAGUGUGUGUGUGUGUGUGUGUGUGUGUGAGUGUGAGAGAUGACAGUUUCUGGAGUUCAGCGGUGAACAGAUUUGAUCUCUGCACAGCGUAACUGAGUUAUCUACUUUGCAGUAACAUAACAAGUAAAGAUUUAGCUUCGUUAGGCUUCCGUUAGCAUCCGACCACAGUGAGAUUGCUGUGAAUGACUGUAUGAAACUUGUUACAGCAUUAACAGGUUCUUUUCGUCGCUUCAGUAUCUUUGUAUGCACGUCUGAAGGCUGCAGGUCGUCUCUGGUCGGAGCCAGAUGUCAGAUCAUCUGGACAGUUUUUUGAGAUGUAGCAGCUCAAAACAUUCAGUGCUGCAAGAAACAAAGGAUUUCUGUUUGUCCUCCAUAAUGUAAACGGCUGGAACAAGAAUCUUUUAUUACAGACGGAACUAAAACUGCAUUCAGCCGUAUUCACCUUAGACAAUCACUUUUUUGUUUAGUCUUCUUGUGUCCUAGCACUUAAAAGUAACCUCUUUUAUUAAUGUUAGGACCUUGACAUUAAAACAAGUGCAGAGAAUUAAAGUUAAAUAACUUCUACACAUGCCUUCAGUUAGCCGCCAUAUAUCCAACGCACAACUACUACCAAGAGUUCCUCAGAUAAAUAUAUAAUAUUGUGUUAUGAAGCCAUAAAACAGGAUGAAAUUGUACAUAAUAUAUAUAUGAAUAUGGACAAAUAUAGAUAAAUCAUGAGUCUCUGACCAGCUGAGAUUUAAAGCUAACCUGUAUGUUGAAUUAUACAAAUAUGGAACCCUAAGUUUUAUCGAGAAAGCGCUGUACAAGUUCAGGUUUCUGUAGAAAGCGCACAAAAGGAAGCAACAAAGGAAAACCUGGAUAAUUUUAGAUUCAGAUUACCGUGAGGAAAUGAUUGAAUGGGGUGAAGAAUAUUAAAAAAAACUGAUUGUAGGAGUGGUCCUCACCAGAAGCCAAGUUUCAAGAUUGGGAAACCAAAGACUGAGAGCAAUAGAGAGGAAGCGGUGGUUUGUCGGCAGACGACACUAAUGUGAAAUGCUUGAACACUGUUUGAGAGCGACACCUGUAUUUUGUGAAUUGUAAAUAAACUCGCUAAGGCAGCUCCUCGCAGAAGCAGGGUCUUCUCUUGGUGCUGGCUGUCCAAGCGCUCUGAGAACUUCA